UAUGAUGAUUCAAAGGGUAAAAUAAUUAUUUACACGAACUAACUAAACAAAUUCCAAUACGUCGCAGUUUUUGGCUGUCUCUUGUUCGUGAUUCUCCUAGCCCCAUCUGUAUACAUGUGCACAAAGAGACGAGAGUUAAUGAACCUCAAACAAAAAUACUUCAGACAAAAUGGAGGUUUCUUGCUGCUGCAGCAAAUUGCUUUCCAUGAAGGUUCCGGAGAACCCCCAAAAAUCUUUACUACACAAGAGUUAGCAGAGGCCACUGACAAUUACGCAGAGAGUCGAGUGGUUGGUCGAGGAGGCAGUGGAACAGUUUACAAAGGAACUCUGUGCAACGGUCGGGUCAUCGCCGUAAAGAAGUCGAGAAUGGUCGACAGGAAUCGUAUCAAUGAGUUCAUCAAUGAGGUGGUGGUGCUCACUCAAAUCAAUCAUCGGAAUGUCGUUAAGCUCUUGGGAUGUUGUUUGGAAACUGAGGUUCCGCUACUGGUUUAUGAAUAUGUUCCUAAUGAGAGCCUUCACUACCAUAUUCAUAAUCCCAGCAGGAGACGGUUGAUCCCGUGGGAAGAUCGAUUACGAAUAGCCACCGAAACUGCGACUGCUCUUGCUUAUCUCCACUCUGCAGUCGUGGUUCCCAUCAUUCACCGUGAUAUCAAAUCUUCCAACAUAUUAUUGGAUGACAACUACACCGCAAAAGUCGCAGAUUUCGGAGCUUCGAGGUUGAUUCCCACUGACCAGUCUCAAAUAACGACCCUGGUUAAAGGAACCCUCGGGUACUUGGACCCAGAAUACUUUCAAACAAGCCGACUGACAGAGAAGAGCGAUGUCUACAGCUUCGGGGUGGUGCUAGUGGAACUACUUACAGGGCAGUUGCCGGUGUCAUCUGAAAGAGCUGAAGCCCAAAAUAACUUAUCUUCUUACUUCAUUCAAGCAAUGCAACAGGGUCGUCUUGUGCAAAUCCUGGAGCCCAGACUUGCGAAUGAGGGGAACAUAGAACAACUUGAAGCCAUUGCAGAUCUUGCAAUGAGAUGUCUUCGGUUGAAGGGCGAAGAACGACCUACAAUGAAAGAAGUGGUGUUAGAGCUCGCCGGGUCAAGACGGAUUUACAAGUACCCUUGUCAUCAAGUUAACCGUGAGGAGACUCGCUUCUUGCUCGAUGAACAACAGGACUUACACAGAGCUGAGAGUUCAUCAGCAGUGAAUCUUUAUAGCGACAUAUCAUUUAAGCAGUAUAGCAUUACCAGUUUAGGGACAUUUUCAAUGGAUUUGCCUCGAUAAAACACUU